AUGGCAGGAGGAUCAAAGGCGUUUCACCCUUUCGAGGUCACGCCCGUCCACAUCGUCUAUGUCGGGCUUGGCCUUUUCAUUUGCAUCUUCUCCUACCUCUCGCUCUUCAUCAAGGAAAAGCUCUACCUUGGUGAGGCUCCCAUCGCCGCUGCGUUCGGUAUCAUCGUCGGGCCUGUUGCCAUUGGUCUCUUCAACCCGGCCGGAUGGGGUGGCGAAGAUGGCAUCGCUCCAGGCGGUGUCCACACCGAUGAGAUCACUCUCGAGAUCAUGCGCGUCACCAUUGCCCUCUCCGUCUUUGCCAUCGGCGUCGAAUUGCCCAAAAAGUACCUCUUGCGUCACUGGAAGUCGAUUGCUCUGCUCCUCGGUCCCGUCAUGGCUUGGGGCUGGCUCAUCAGCGCCUGCUUCAUCUAUGCACUCAUUCCAGGUCUCGACUUCCUCAACUCGCUCGUUGUAGCCGCCUGCGUAUCGCCUACCGAUCCGAUCCUGGCCCAGGCUGUCGUUGGUGGUCCUUGGGCCGAGAAGCACGUCCCUGCCCACGUUCGUCACAUGCUCAUGUGCGAAUCAGGCUGCAACGAUGGUGCUGCUUUUCCCUUCCUUUACCUCGCGCUCUACCUAACUCAGAAUCGCGACAACCGCGGCUACGCCAUUGGCAAGUGGUUCUACGAGACAUGGGCGUACGAGAUCAUCUUGGGCACUCUCCUCGGAGCCCUGAUCGGCUAUCUCGCCCGCAAAUUCAUGCGCUUCUCCGAACGCAAGAAGCUCAUCGAUCGAGAGUCUUUCGUCGCUCAGUACAUCUCGCUCGCCAUCGCCAGUAUGGGUGUCAACGUGCUGCUUGGCUCGGACGAUCUGCUGGCCGCCUUUGCGUGCGGUACUGCCUUCGCCUGGGACGGAUGGUUCACAAAGCAGACCGAGGAUUCCAAUUUCUCCAACAUCGUCGAUCUUCUCUUCAACAUUGCCACCUUCAUCUACAUCGGCGCUCUCAUUCCGUGGCACGACUUUGUCGACGCCUCAAUCGGCUUGUCCAUCUGGCGGCUCAUCGUACUCACCAUCUGCGUGCUCCUCACCAAACGCAUCCCCAUCGUCCUCGCGCUGUGGAAGUUCAUUCCGGACAUCAAGACGUUCAGGGAGGCAGUCUUCUGUGGUCACUUUGGCCCUAUGGGUGUUGGUGCCAUCUUCAUCGCCACGCUUGGACGAACGCUCAUGCCCGAAGAGGUCGCAGAGCCUCCAGAGACCAGCAACGACGUGCUUGCACUCACGAUCCAACCGAUCGUCUACUUCUUCGUGCUCUGCUCCAUCCUUGUCCACGGCUUCACCAUCCCUUUCUUCGCUUUCGGCAAGAAUGCUCGUCGACGAGCCCACACCUUGACUCGCACAUGGAGUCGCAAUCCAUCCAUGCGAGACGACGAGCCCAACUGGAUGAGUCGUGUCCGCCGCGUCAAGACUGGCGACGACAUCGUCAUCAAUACCGACGAUAUCAGCGCCGACAAGAUGUCGGCCCAACAGCUCUCCCUCAUCGGGCGCGGUGCCAUCGGUGGCUACCGCGAAGACGAGCUCCGUCGUGACAGCAGCAACGACGAGAAUUCCGCCACAGUUGCUGCAGAGUCCUCGAGCAGCAGCCAGGAGAAGGGACCCGCCUUCGUUGGCCUGCUCAACACUCGGACCGAGCGCGACCUUGAAAAGGCUGAGGGCUCGCAAGUCGACUACAAUGAAAAAUUCGGCGACCACGACGCCGAUGAAAGCCGCGAGAGUGACGCACAGAAGAGGCGGCGUGAGUGCAAGGAUAUGGACGGCAUCGAGGACUGGGAGGGCAGCGACGAGGAUGCGAAUCCAGCUGCAGACUACCUCGGCGAUGACUGCGUCGAGAUGCGCCGAUACCGUGAGAGAAUGCUCGCCAAACGAGAAGCCAAAGUUGCGCGAGAAAGGGGCAAGAAGCAGUCAGCAGAGGAGGACGAAAGGAGGCGCGCAUCGAAGGAGGAACAGGAUCUGGGCGAGGCUCCCAUGGACCGCGACAUCAUUUGCGGUCGUGUUCACGCCGAGGACGAGGACGAGGCCUGUCGCAAAGAUCACGAAGGCCAAGCUCAUUCUCCCAAGAGCUCUCCCUCGCACGGUGGUGCCACGGACGAAAAGAAGGACAGCGACUGGCCAAAGGUGCGCAGCUGGGUAGAAGGUCACAAUCUGGUGCUCGAGCAUCAGAAAAGCUACUCGGAUGAUCCAGAGGUCGAAGUCAUCCCGCUCACCGACAGCGAGCGUGACGCUCUCGAAGAGUCGGACACCCCUGCUCAGGACUGGGUCCGCCAGAACCACGACGAGCUCGCCUGCUUCUUGGGAAACAGCGACCAUGGCUCGUGGAACGCUUCCGAGGCGAUCCAGCAGUUGCUGGACAGCAAGGUGCCGAGUUGGUGGCCCACCAAGAACAAGAAGCACUACAUCAAGGCAGAGGCACCCAAGGAGGAAACAGCCAAGGAUCGCGAAGAUCGACUCAACUUGAUGUACGGUGCCAUGUCGUGGGCUCAAGACCGUCGAGGACCCGAGAAGGAUCACGAUGUCCCCCUAAGGUCUUCCCGGGCCGUGCAAGAGGACUCGGAAGGAGACAGCCACGACAGCGACACGAACGUUCACCAUACGCCGGCAGUCGUGGGCGCGAUGCACACGCGCGAUCGAGGCGGUGACCCGAUUGGACCACAAGACUCGUCUGUGCCCGAGGGCAGCACCAGUGCGCAGGACACAGAUCAAGACAGGAGCGUGUCCCAGUCCUACGCAGCAGCGGGUGGAUCUUCGAAGGCAUCACAGUCCACCAAGCGGACUGGCAGCGGAGCGUCGAAACGCGGCAAUUUGCGCAAGAAGGUGCUCAGCGGACAGAUUGGCUUGUCGGGACGAAGGAGGUCGAUCGCAAGCAAGGAGUCGGGAGGCGAGUCGGACGAAGACCAGGAGGUUCUGGAGGAUGACAACAAGGCACCGGCUGCGGCGUCCCCCCGAGUGAUGAUCUCGGAACCUGCCUCGCCUUCCCUGGCACGGGAGAGCGCUUCGCAAAAGGUCAGCUCUGUCGGCCGUGGUGGUCUCGGUAGAGCUCAGCCGAGACCCAAGGAGAAGUUCUUCCCACGUUCGUCUUCGGCUGGCGCCGGUCUGGCUGCGCCGAUGCGAGCCUCGUCGUCCAUCGCCAGCAGUCCCAUCCUCAAAGCGUCGGCGCCUCCUUCUCGACUCGGUUCGAGCUCUGGUCAAGAUGGUGAACCCUCAAAGGAUGAGCGUCGCAAUGCAUCAUCAGUGCAGUGGCUCGACAUCGCCGACCGCUCUUCGUCGCAGACCUACGGCCAGCGCCAGGGACCGAUCAACGAAGCAGGCGCAUCCGCCUUCUCCCGUCGAUCCCGCACGUACGAUGGAACCUCGUCGGGCAAAGAAAUGACCCGCGAUGCGCGUGUCUACAGCCUCGAGAGCGAUGAUGAAGAUGCUAGCGAAGACGACGACGACGACCGGCGUCAUGGAGGACUCGGUAUCCGCGAUCGCAUGAAUCGCGUUGGUGCCUUCUUCAGCAACUUCACUGCGCCCAAGGGCGAAGGUAUGGGCAAUCCAGGCCCCACGAGCCAUCCACACUUGUUCCCAUCGCACAAGGACAAGGACGAAGAGACGAAGAGCCCGAGACGCUCACCAACGGCGACCCGAUCGAUGAGGCGGGAGGCAACGCGCGACGACGACGAAAUGGAGAGUCUAGCCCUACCACCGAGUGCUGACCCGCCUUCGCCGGAGAACACGAAAAACGACGGACCCGCUUCACCUACCGCGUCCGGCACCUCCACGCCCAGAGUCAUGCUCCAAAUGCCCGAUAGAGACGGACCGCCAAUGUCGCCCGGCUCAUCCACCCGCUAG